AGUUUGGUGCGUGCCAUGUCUUGCUUCUAAUGAAACUCUUCAAGAGAUGUGCCGCAAAGAAUCCCUGAUCUGCAAAUGCAUUGGAAUAAAUAGAAAAAAUCUAAACCGUUAUGAAGUGGAAUAUCUCUGUGACCGUAAAAUGGAGAAGGGUACCGAAUACUUUCUUGUGAAGUGGAAAGGAUGGCCGGAGUCGUAUAAUACAUGGGAGCCCAUAGUAAACCUCAAGUGCCCGAAACUUUUAGAGCAGUUUUACAAUGACUUUUACAUUUAUUUAUCUAAACUUAAUGCUGGCAAAUUAAAUAAGCUAAAAAAUAACAUUAAAUCUGUGAGCCACUUUGCUGCUAACUUUAUAGUGAAGAAGGCUAAACAACGAAUUGCACUCAAGCGCUGGGAGGAGGAACUGAACAGGAAAAAAUCUCAUAACGGAAUGCUCUAUGUAGAAAAUGAUGUAGACCUUGAAGGGCCUCCCAGAGACUUCUAUUACAUUAAUGAUUACAAGACAACUCCUGGAGUCAUUACCUUGGGUGAAGCCAUUGUUGGCUGUGAAUGCACAGACUGCUUUACAGGUACAUGUUGCCCUAUAGAGGCAGGGGUUGUCUUUGCUUACAAUGAACACAAACAAAUUAGGAUUCAACCUGGACGCCCUAUUUAUGAAUGCAAUGCUAGAUGUAAAUGUGGUCCAGAUUGUCCAAACAGAGUGGUACAGAAAGGACCCCCUUACUCUUUAUGCAUCUUUAGGACAGACGAUGGACGUGGCUGGGGGGUUAAAUCGCUCCAGAAAAUCAAGAAGCACAGCUUUGUUAUGGAAUAUGUUGGUGAGGUGAUAACAAGUGAAGAGGCAGAAAGAAGGGGUCAGCAAUAUGACAGCACAGGAAUCACUUACCUGUUUGAUCUGGACUAUGAAUCAGACGAAUUCACUGUGGAUGCUGCUCGAUACGGAAAUGUCUCACACUUUGUAAAUCACAGCUGUGGUCCCAACCUUCAAGUGUACAAUGUCUUCAUAGACAAUCUUGACGUGCGCCUCCCUCGUAUUGCUUUAUUUUCAACGAGACAUAUAAAAGCU